AUGUCUGUCGAUACCCGCAAUUGGAUCGCUCUAAAAGGCAUCGCCCUGGCGGCGACGUUCUCUAUCGCCAACUCGCAAUCGACCACCUCCCUCUUCUUCAUCCCCUCGCUCCUCCGCCCCCUUCAGACAGCCGGAACAGGCUCCAAAACGCCCUCUCGACCAUCCUCCAGCCUCCGCAUCCCGACCCUUGCCAGCGAAGAAUCCGGUCGCCUAACACCCCAACCACAAGAAAACAAGGUCUUCAACUUCUCCCUUGGCACCUCAGGCACCUACAAAGCUGUCGCGCAACAGUUCGCGCUCUUCGACAGCCUCAAUUUCAGUAUCUGCGUGCCGAUCGAGAUCUUCGUCAUCUCCGUCUUCAGCAUCGCAGCGUACCGAGCACGAAACGUCAAUAAUGGAGUCUGGACGCAGUGGGCUGCUACAGCAGGCGUAGUUGCAUCGAUAUUCCCAUAUACGGGUGCACUGAUGGCACCCUUGGUGCACAAGAUCAAGAGGCUGGGUGGCGAUGAGGAGAAGAUUGAGCCGUACGAGGAUGCGCCGAUUGAUCGCGAGGCAGAGAAGAGCAAUACUGUGGAGUUUGUGACCAAGUGGGGAUAUCUCAAUGCUGCGAGAGCCGCGGUCAUGUAUGCGGCUACUGGGCUGGGAUUGUAUGCUUUCGCCAUGGAAUGA